AUGGGAAGCUCAUGGGUCCCGCGGAUUCUACGGCCCGACUUUACAUGGCCACGGCCAAUGCGACAUACGAUAUCCAAGACCACACCUCCAGUCCCUCAUAUACUAGGGAAAACUAUCCGACGUGCCUGGGGUAUUCUCCACAAAGCCCUAUAUCACUUUUCCGAAUGGUAUUGCUACUGGUUCGACAUACCGUUCGAUGUCAACAUUGUGCAGCUGCCCUUUGGGUUGGUCGUAAAGUGGACAGAUCGGACGAGCAUAGAAGAAGUUGCAGCAAUGCAGAUGGCAGAAGCUGCUGGAAUGCCUGUCCCCAAAUUCCUUUGCUGCGGUGAAACUCCAGAUGCACCGUUUAAUAGGGUAUUUUCAAUCAUGAUGACGAGACUCCCUGGCGUAACACUUGAGAACUCGAGAGAUCCUCUACAAGCCGAGAGCGAGGGCCCAUGGCUUGAGGAGCUUAAGACGUUCGGUAAUUGGGACUUCGAUACGCAGCCCGCGAGUUCCGGAUCAUGUCAUGGGCCUUUUGCGGACGAGGAGGAGCUGUACGAACAUCUCUUUAGCCCGGCUUCAGCACACGGUUUUGCGUCGAAUGAGGAGUACAAAGAGACGUUACUCUGUGCGAAGAAAAUCCAGCAAGGGUCCCAUCGAGUUACCUUCACUCAUGGAGAUUUCAAGGCCCAUAACAUCCUUGUUGACGAUGACGGACAUUUAUCUGGGUUUCUUGACUGGGAAUCUGCUGGCUGGUACCCUGAAUAA